AGUGUGUGUGAUUCAGAGACGGAAACUGUGAGCAAAGGAUCCCAGCUAAAAGGGAGAGAGAGAGAGAGAGCAUUUACAGGAGCACGGGGAAUACAGCCAUUCCCGCGAGAUGUGGAAAGCUGCAGCUGGUCGGACUAUUUCUGUGACAGCAUCAGAUGACGGCGAUGACUGGGACACGGACCCUGACUUUGUGAAUGACUUGUCUGAAAAAGAACAGCGAUGGGGAGCCAAGUCAGUUCAAGGAUCAGGACACCAGGCCCACAUAAACUUGCACGAGUUGAGGGAAAAUGUUUCUCAGGAGCACAAAUCUCUCAAACAGAAAGAACUAGCCGAUGGGCCCAAGGCGUCCCACGGAUAUGGAGGCAAGUUUGGAGUCCAAGAUGAUCGGAUGGAUAAGUCUGCUGUUGGACACGAAUAUGUUGCUAAACUCUCCAAACAUUGUUCUCAAACUGACUCGGUCAAGGGAUUUGGUGGAAAGUUUGGUGUGCAGAAGGAUAGGGUCGAUAAGUCUGCUGUGGGUUUUGAAUAUGAAGGCAAGACUGCCAAGCAUGCAUCUCAGAAAGAUUACAGUACUGGUUUUGGGGGGAAGUAUGGAGUGCAAGCAGACCGCGUGGACAAGAGUGCCCUAGGGUUCGAUUACCAAAGCAAAACCGAGGUUCACCAGUCCCAGAGAGAUUAUUCCAAGGGAUUUGGUGGCAAGUACGGAGUGGAGAUGGAUAAGGUGGACAAGAGUGCUGUUGGCUUUGAAUACCAAGGAAAGACUGAAAAGCACGAGUCACAGAAAGAUUAUGUCAGAGGUUUUGGUGGAAAAUUUGGUGUCCAGACCGACCGACAAGACAAGAAUGCUUUGGGCUGGGAUCACCAGGAGACAACACAACUUCACGAAUCGCAGAAAGACUAUAAGAGAGGUUUCGGUGGCAAAUAUGGUGUUGAGACAGAAAACCAGGACAAAUCUGCCGUCGGCUUCGAUUACAAGGAAAAGCUGGCCAAGCACGAGUCUCAACAAGAUUAUUCUAAGGGAUUUGGUGGCAAAUAUGGAGUUCAAAAAGAUCGGAUGGAUAAGAGUGCUGCCUCCUUCGAUGAUGUCGAGCAGCUGUCUCCAGCCUAUCAGAAAACGAAGCCGGUCGAAGCUGCCAAUGCAAGUGCAAGUAGCAUCCGUUCCAAGUUUGAGAACAUUGCCAAAGUGAAGGAGGACGAGGAUAGGAAGAAGGCAGAGGAGGAGAGAGCUCGGCGUCGGGCUACUGAGAAACAAGAACAGGAGGAAGCCAAGAGGAAGUUGGAGCAGGAGCAAGAAUUCACAAAGAACCAGCCCCCUGCAUCCCGGGAGCCCCCUGCAUCCCGGGAGCCCCCUGCUUCCCGGGAGCCCCCUGCUUCUCGGGAGCCCCCUGCUUCUCGGGAGCCCCCUGUAUCCCAGGAACCUGUUUCCGCUCCCGCUCCCGCUCCAGCUCCAGCUCCAGCUCCAGCUCCAGCUCCAGCUCCAGCUCCAGCUCCAGCUCCCGCUCCAGCUCCUGUGAAGGAGCAGCGAUCACCUAGUCCAGUUUAUGAGGAGCCCCCUGCCCAGGAAGAGCCUGUCUAUGAGGUUGAACCUGCCUACAGCAGUGAGCAGCCACAAUACCAAGAGACAACAUAUGAACAAGAAGCAGUUUAUCAGAUGCCGGAUGAGAGUCAAGCUUACCAAAGAGAUGAACCCACUUAUGCUGAAUAUGGGAAUGAGUAUGGGAUCACAGCCGUGGCGUUGUAUGACUACCAGGCUGAUGGCGAUGAUGAAAUUUCAUUUGAUCCUGAUGACAUCAUCACCAACAUUGAGAUGAUUGAUGAAGGGUGGUGGCGUGGCGAGUGCCGGGGUCGAUACGGUCUAUUUCCAGCUAACUACGUCGAACUGAAACAGUGAAGAGCUCAUACUGACUUACAUCGAUGACGUAAUGCACAAUUCCAGUGUAAAUGAGCAUGAAUUGUGUUCAGUAAUGGGAAUAAAGUUUUCUUUUUCUCUUGUGUUGCAAUUAGACAUUGCAUAAUAUCCAAUCUUCAAAAGCACUGGGGGAAGGAGCUUCAAGUUGAUCUUUGACAUGCCUUUGAGAAAGGGUGUGUUGGCAUGCUGUCCUUUAUAAAGUUAAAUGCACUUUCUAAUUGACCAGAAACCCUAGCAGUGUGAACCAAUGUGCUAGUUGUGUGGGAGCACUGAUGAAUUCUCCAGGUGCUCCCUACAAAGUAAGACCAAUCACUUCUUGGUGACCAAGUUAAAGUUUUAAAUAAGGUGGCAAUGGUUGUAUAUCACAGCCCAGUUUAAUCCUUUCAUCUUAGCCAUGUGGUUUGUUUAAAAUACCCCCUGGUUUAAUAGCCCCUUACUAAUGGUAAAUUAAUUCAUUCAUUAUUUUUGGUAUAUUCUCCCUUAUCUUGAUAGAAUUUCAAGCAGAAUAUUGAGACUAUUUGCUGAUUCACAAAUGGGUUUGGGUUUUUAUUAAAAAAAGUUGCCUUUUUCAGUACUUUGUUUAUCAAGAAUUAAACUGGUUUUAUUGCACAACACUUGUUCCAGAUCUG